AUGCCCCUCUUCGGCUUCCUCGCCAGCGGCCCCAGCGGCAAGCUGCACGCCGCAGCCGCCAGGGGCGACGCCGCCGCGGUGCGCAAGCUGCUGGCGGGCGGCAAGCACCCCGACAAGCUCAGCAAGGACAGCAGCAGCAGCUGCGCGCUGGCGCUGGCCGCCGCCGCCGGCCACCUGGGAGCCGUGGACGCGCUUCUCGAGGGCGGGGCCAACGUGAACCAGCGCGACGGCGGCAACGACACGCCCCUGCUGGCCGCGGUGGCCGCCGGCCAGGUGGCUGCGGCGCAGCGGCUGCUCCAAGCAGGCGCCGACCCGACGGCUGCGGGGGCCAACCACCUGACCUGCCUGCACAAGGCGGCCGCGGAGGGGCAGGCAGCCCUGGUGCCGCUCCUGGUGCGGGCCGGGGCGGCGCUGGAGGCGCGUGCCGGCGGCGGCCGCACCCCGCUCCACGUGGCCAUGCAGGCCGGCAGCGCGCCCGCGGUGGCGGCGCUGCUGGCGGCCGGCGCCGCGCCGGACAGCCUGGAUUCAUCCAAGCUCGCCCCGCUGCUGCUGGCGGCCCAGUGGGGGCGUGUGGAGGCCAUCCAGGCGCUUGUGCAGGGCGGGGCCGCCCUUCUGCCGCCCGCCUGCGGCACCACGCCCUUCCACCAGGCCGCCGCCUGCAACCAGGCCGCCGCCAUCCACGCCCUGGCCGCCGCCGCACGCCAGCUGGACCUAACGGAGGGCCCGGCCGCGCGCAACGGCGCGGGGCGCACCGCGCUGCACGUCGCCGCCUCGAGCGCUGCACCGGAUGCGGCGGCUGCACUGCUGCGGCUGGGCGCGGAGGUGGACGCCCGCGACCGGCAGUGCCAGACGCCGCUGCACCGCGUGGCGAAGUGCUGGGAUCGGGAGCAUGCAGAGGCGUGUCUGGGGGUCGUCGAGGCGCUGCUCGAGGCGGGCGCAGACCCAGAGGCUCAGGACAAGAAGGAGGCCUCGCCGCUGUCCCUGGCCAGUGCCCGCCACCUGGAGAAACUGGCGGGCAGGCUGCACAAGGCGGUCGGCAAAAGGCAGGAGGCGCGGGGGGCGCUGGCAGCCCUCUUCAAGGAUCUUCAGGAACAUGCCUGCCACGGCAACCUGGAGGCCGUGCGGGCCGGCCUGGCCGCCGCCGGCAAGGACGCCGACGCGGUGCUGCGCAUGGGCGACAGCCAGGGCGCCACCCUGCUGCACAUGGCGGCAUCCGGCGGCCACGCGGCGCUGUGCCAGGCCCUGGCGUCUUCCGGGGCCGACGUGGGGGCGCGCGUCUCGGACGGCCGCACGCCCCUGCACGCCGCGGCCGGCAGGAGCCUGGGGCGGCAGCGCCCCGCGUCGGACGAGGCGCGGGUGGCCACGAUCCGGGCGCUGCUGGCGGCGGGCGCCGACGCCGAGGCCGCCGCCGCCGCAGGGCGCACGCCGCUCAUGGAGGCAGCUGCGGCGGGCGAGGCCAUGGCGGCCAAGGCCCUGGCCAGGGUGGGGGCCAGCCUGGAGGCGUGCACGCCUGCUGGGCGCACCGCACUGCACCUGGCCGCCGUCGAGCGCAAGUCGUGGGUUGUGGAGGCGCUGCUCGAGGCCGGGGCCAGCCCUGCUGCGGCAGACCGUGACGGCUACACCCCCCUGCACCUGUCGUACAAGGAAGGCGAGACCCCCAUUGACGAGCUGGUUGAGGCGGCAGCAGCGGCGGGCCGCCUGGAUGCCCGCACCGCGGCGGGCCAGACGACCCUGAUGCUGGGCGUGGCCGACGCCAGCUGGGCCUGGCACUGGGCCCGCAGCCUGCUGCGCCCGAUUGACCUGCCCGGCGCGGACGCCACCCUAGCUGACCACGCUGGCAACACCGCGUUGCACCACUGCCUGCUGGGCGCCAAUCCGGAUGCUGUGGGCGACUAUGAUGCCGAGCGGAUUGGCUACGCGUUGGAGGAGCUGCUGCAGUACGGCGCAGACCCAGACGCCGCCAACCAGGCGGGGCAGACACCCCGCCAGCUGGCGGCACGCAUGGGGCUGACUGCUGCGCUGGACAAGGCGGCGGCCGAGGCGGCGCAGAUGUGGCAGGGGCAGCAGUUGGCGGCAGCCGUGGCCGCCGCGGCUCCAGGCGGCUGCGUUUACAUCGCGCCGCAUGUGCAGCUGGGGCCUGGGUACAUUGCGGCCGUCAGCGCUGCCAGCGCGCAGCCAGGUCAGCAGGGCGCCGGCUGGGCCGCGGGCCAGGAUGGCGCGGCUGCGGCGGCACAGCUUGCUGGCAAGCUUUCCCUGGUGUGA